AUGGCCACCGACAAGGAGUUACAGUUGCGUGAGGAGCUGAGCCGCGCUGCGGUGGACGUGGCACAGUGCCGAGCCCAGCUGCGGAGCGCCCGGCAGGCGCUCAGCGCGGCAGAGCUGCGAGAGGAGGAGCUGAAAGCCCAGCUGGAGGACCUGCAGUCAAGGAGGAAAAGUUCCAGCUCUUCAGACGACUGGUUGAAGAAACAGAGUUGGACCCAGAAGCUGCGGGUACUUUGUGAAGAUGUUUUUGGAGUGACUUCCUUCCGCACAAAUCAGGAAGAAGCCCUCAAUGCUUUGAUGGCUAAGCGGGAUGUGUUUUUGGUGGCACCCACUGGAGCGGGGAAGUCUCUUUGCUUCCAAGCGCCAUCAAUUCUCACAGGCAACUUGACGCUGGUCGUGAGCCCCUUGCUGUCACUGAUGCAGGACCAGGUGAUGUCUUUGCGGGCCCUGGGCAUUGGUGCUGCUAUGCUCUCGAGCAAUGAUUCCAGGGAGGAGCAGACCAGGAUCCGCAAAGCCAUGAGCAAGCUAACUGCUGCAAAAAGCAGUUCUGACACAGGCGAGUUGCGGCUGCUGUACUUGACGCCAGAGAGGCUGGCAAAAAGCAAGCUGGUCAUGAACCUGCUGGAGAAGAUCUACGCCUCUGGGCGUUUGGGCCUCAUUGCCAUCGAUGAGGCUCAUUGCAUCUCCCAGUGGGGUCAUGACUUUCGGCAGGACUACGAAAGACUUGCGGCUUUACGCAUUCAGUCCCUUGUCGUUGCGCAGCUUUUUUCUGGCCCUGGCUGA